AGUACUAAGUACAGUCAGUUCUCAAAAUGGCGGUUGAGGAAAGUGGAUAUGAUAAAUAAUGGAUAUAGAUGAAAAAAAACCAGCAAAUCAAAGCUCUUUUAUACUGAGCUCAAAAAGAAAGCGGGAUUUGGAGACAAGCGGAUCAAAGGUGUCGCGCACCGAAGGUUUUUCUUGGUGGACAUCAUUAAUGUUGGGAGUUGAAUCAAAAAGUUGUGCAAACGUUCGUAGUUCGGUUGUGUCGACAAAACGUAAAGCUGACAGUCAACACCAUCAGGGAAACGUUCCCACCAAAAAUUGAAUCUAGACAUCUCUCCACGCUUUCCGUUUGUGGAAAAAAGAGUUGACGAAGUUGGAAGGCGACGAGAAAUGUUGUGUUCUGUUAAAUCCAUCGACCAUCAGCUGAUUCUGGCUUGCACUGAAUUAUUUUUUACAGCUGAACAUCUUUUGACAAAAUAACUUGUUGUUUUUUUUUCACGUGUGUAGGUGACCAACGAUUGGUAUUUGGUUAAUCAUGUUAUGUUAAGUUCCUUGUCUGCUCCCGUUUUUUAACUAUAGCCAACUGCUGUGCACUUCUCUCAUUUCAAAUGACACUCUUUGUAUUUUACCUUUCUGGUUGAUGAGUUCGCUCUGGAUAAGGUAACAAAAACUCUUUGGAAACGUAAUCGUCACAUUUCGAUAGUGAUAUUGUCUUUGUUGAAAGGAUGUUCAUGAAAACACUUAGAUAGUUCACAGAGAGAUAGUUCACACUGAAAGUAUAGGAUAAGACAAUUCCCUGUCUUACACUUGAAAGUUAUUGUUGUCAAAGGCAUUUGAAAUUAUCAUGUCAGGAACUGGAGAGAAUUCAGGCAAGCAUCCUGUGGAAAAUACCAGUCUUGAUUUCCCAGAGCCUCCAGAAAAACCACUUGAUAGUGACUGCUGUGGAACAGGUUGUGUACCAUGUGUCUUUGAUAUUUAUGACGAAGAAAUGGUAAAAUGGAGAUUAGAAUGUGACAGAAUAAGAAGUGGAAAAACUAUCACAAAGGAUUUUCCCGAUGGAAGUUUCAAUCAAGUACUGUGUACUUCAGAGUUUCGAUGUUUUGAACUACAGUCCAUCAUUAGGGUGACAGAUGAUUCAUGUGUAUACAGAUUUAAGAUCCCAGGAAAUAAGAAGCUAGGAAUUAAAAUAGGACAGCACUUGAUAAUGAGAGGCAAAUUUGAUGGCAGAAGUAUCACAAGACAGUACACACCUGUUAGUCUUAUAGACUGCCAUGGGUUCUUUGAUGUUCUCAUCAAGGUUUAUUUGAAUGGGAAAAUGUCUAACCAUAUAAGAACAUGGCAAGUUGGUGACAUGGUUGAAUGGCGGGGACCCUUUGGAAAUUUUUCUUACACACCAAAUCAGUAUCGUCGGGUUGGCAUGUUAGCUGCAGGAACAGGGAUUGCCCCAAUACUGCAAGUCAUUCAAGGCAUUGUUACAAAUGAGGAUGAUGAAACCUUUAUCCAAUUGGUUUAUACGAGCAGGACAUAUGAUGACAUUUUAAUGAAAGACACACUGGAUGAAUUAAAAGCUUAUUGGAAUUUUUCAGUACACUAUGUUCUAAGCCAGGAAAGUGAAGCUGACCAAUCAAAAGUCAAAUAUGGAGAUCACGUGUCACAUGGCAGGAUCGAUCAAGAGCUUGUGUCAAGGGAGAUGCCUCAGCCAUCACUUGAUGUUCACGUGUUAAUCUGUGGAACCAAGUCUUUUGAUAAGGACAUGAUAAAAUAUUUGAAAACUGCCGGUUAUACAUCAGACAUGUAUUAUAAGUUCUGAUUACGAGAAAAUUGCUCUUCAAGAAAGAUCUUUUGUACACUUCAAAGAAAAAGCAUAACUUUUUAGAUGCUACUUGGAUACCCUUCCCUGAUCAAACGCUUUUAUUUUAUUGCGAUUUUUUAACCCUCUGAUAAUUCAAUCCAAGUAGUUUUUUUUCUUAGAGGUUUUAGAAAGCAAAGUUUCACAAUAGUUUUUUUCUUGACAUAUGGAUGUAUACAGGCACAAAACCUUUGUACAUGUACACUACAGUUGCCAAUGGUGUUCUUAAUAAACUGACUGAGACAAUGUGUCUGUUCUUUAUUUUCUUAUUAAAAUGAUUAUUGAUCUUGAAGA